AUUCACUAAAGUGUUCUUAAGAUAAAACUUAAGAAGAUUCUUAAGAAAACAUAUAAGAAGUUCCUAAGAAUCUUCUUAAACGCUAUUCACCAUUUUUUUCUUAAGAAUUGUCGAUUGUCUUACGAACUUCUUAGUUUUCUCACUUAAGAACUUCUUAGAUUGUUAACGUAGUAGAGGAAUGCAUGUAAUGUUCGUCCUCGUGCGCUCUUGUUGUUGCUGGAGCAGCGGUGGGGGCUGGCCCCGUUGCUAUGUUACGUGUACUUUGUUGAUGUUUAUGGUUUGGGUUUCACGGAGAAUAAACCGUUAAAUAAUAAACCGAAAAAAUGGAGGACAACAGUGCCAAGCGCAGCAAGAACUUUUCAAAACAGGAGUUGGAGGUGUUGGUGGAGGAGGUGGUUUCGAGGCAAAGAAUGUUAAUGGGGAAGUUGGAUAACGUUGUCACUGCAGAUAAUAAGAAGAGGGCGUGGGCGAAAGUUGCCCAAUCGGUGUCCGCAGUAGGGGAGACGGAGCGCGAUGCGAUUGCAAUAAAAAAAAAAUGGGCGGACGUAAAAUCCCUCGUAAAGAAAAAAGCUGCUGAGAGGACGAGGGAGACGAGGAAGACAGGAGGAGGGACGUCCUCUGUUAAACUCGACCCUUUGGAGGAGAAGAUUUUGGGGAUGAUAGGGGAAUCUCUGGUAGGAGGCGUUCAAGGAGGGGUGGACACUGGAGACCACAGCUGUAUGCAGCUGCUACAGCAGACACAAACGGAUGCUAUGGUGGACCUUGAUCUGAUGACUGAAGACAUUGUCCCCCCCCACAUUGAACUUGAAGUUCAACAAAAUAAUUCUGAAGAAGAUCUUAGUCUCUCACAACUAAUUUCAGAAUCCAUCCUCCAGCCCACACCAGUGAUGACACCCAGCAUGGAGGACAUGAUCUGUAUUCAAAGAGACCUUUUGGAGGAAGUGCGAGGACUUAGAAGGGUUCAAGAGCAACUUCUACUGGUGGAGAGAGAGAAACUGCUCUUGGCCAAAGCCAAAUUUGAGCUAAAAAAAAAGGAAUAUUAGGAAGAAUGUAUUAGUAUUAGAAAUAAUAUAUUAGAGUAGUAUAGAGUAUA